GCAUCGAUUGAGUUCUCAGCAAUGAUAAAGGAAAAGACAAAAGUUUUUACAACACUAAUAAGUGUAUAAAAGUAUGAAAUAUAGUUGGUUUAGUUUUUAAGAUACAAAAUGUUUAUUCUUUUCCUAAAAGUUCUCGCUUGUUAUAUGUGUCAAAUGACAUGAUAAAAUCGACGAUUGUGUGUCGAUCACCACUGAAAGAAGUAGCGAAAAUUGAAACUUUAAUGAUCAGAAAUAACAUUAAAAGCUGAGUGUAGAGUCUGAUGUAGCAGCUUGUGAAGAUAUUUCUAUUAAUUAUACUAAAGAUUCUUGAGACACAGUUUUAAAUAAGGACAGUUUUAAAUAAGGACAGUUUUAAAUAAGGAGUACAAUCAAAGUUCGCGCUCUUCAGAGCUUGCAACCACAACGUUUUCGCAAUAGAACUGCAAUCUUAUUUUUUGUGAAAAAUAUCUGUAUGUACGGAUAACGAAAAUACUUUAAUAUUCUUCUUAAAUUCCAUACAACUCUUUUCCGAACUAUUUCAAAAAACACUUCCUUUUGUUUGAAAUAGUGAUAUAUGCUCACACAACAUUGACUACAUCCUUUUCCGCAUUUUUCAUUUUUUGUACAUAAUAUUUCGUUGCUCGCCCUCUAUUGUUUCUCGUACUUUUUACUGUACCUUUUUCCUUUUUUUUUUCUUUGCUGACUGUAUCGGCUUUUUCCCGUCGGUACUACUCUCCAAGUGAUUGUACUGAACCAUUAUAAUCUAGCACCGUAGUUAUUUUAUUUUUCAGGUUUUUUUAAUAGAAUAUAAUGCUUUUUGUAUUGUUCUAGUUUUCUAUCGUUUUCUCUUUGUUUUUCUUUCCCGUUCGUACUCCUCCACAUGCUACUUUCCUAUCCCAUUUUACUAACACCGUGUAGUGGUCUCUAUCUUCCCUACCACUACCAUCCAGAAAUCUAUUUCAAAAAAAUUAUUCUUUUCUCUCAGAACUGGCAGGAGGAUGAGUGACAAGUUGCCGAAACAUUGCUAAUUGAGAGCAUUAUACAUGAUUGUUGGAAAUAACCUCAAAACAUAUAUAAUACCAUAUCAUCAGUAUGUCAUUCUUUCCGCUCUCUACUGCUCUGCGUCUAGCUAUUGACACUUCCGCAAUAGCAGUGUGUGUGUACAUGAUACCGUAAAAAACAAAACAAAAUUCCCAGCAAGAUAAAUUAUCUCUAGGAAAUGAGUUCUUCAAUAGUCUGCAUAUAUAAAUCCGCCAUGUCUCACUCAGAAAUCAUUCUCGAGCAUAGACAAGUAAACAAGUGUACUCUCUCCAUACAGGUAAGUCAAACGGGUUUUGUUUAGAUAACACUAGCAGAAUUAAAUGUUCUUAUGACAAGUUUAGUGACAAUGGAAUUACUACGUCAGGCAGUUGGAAAUUAUUGGUCAAAACCGGCUGGUUAUGAUUCCGUCAAUAUGACAAGACAGGUGAGUGAAGAAGAAUGGAAGGCACAAGACGACAAAUUCUUCAACGAUUUAUCCGACGGUUUCAUGUUGAUCGAAACACCAAAAGAUGACAUGGUCAUAAUUGAACAAUUGCUUCAGGUGAAAGCAGGCUUUUUUCCGACAUCCGCUGUUAUUAAAACAAGACAAAAAUGCUGUCUCAAAUGUGGCAGAGAAAAUAACUUUUUAGAUGUGGUUGCCACUGGGUUACGUGUACAUAAACCCCAAUUUCUGAUCGAUGUUUUCUCGGGUAAAUACGGUUGGAUAUUGAAUACGCAUCAGAAUCAGAAGUGUAUAUGCUAUCAAUGUGGUGAAGAAUUGCCCGAAGCGGCCGCGAAAUAUUCGGCACCGAACAUGGGUGAACAACGUUCAUACUAUCGAUGGAUAUGGUCCUUUUGA